CAGAUCCCGGUCCCACUUCAAUCCAACGGCCGUAUAGUCUCCCGUCGUAUAUAACCCAACAGUACCCUUCAACGUUGCCUAUAAAUACUCCUCUCUCCUUUCUUUCGCGGUCUUUGAAGUUUCUCCUUUUCUCUCUCUAAAAACUCGUUAUUAACUCCUUCGCAGUCAGUCUCUCUCUAGAACUCUUUGAUUUCUUCUGUCUCUGAAACUCCGCCUGCUCCGAUUGUACUCCGACUCGAAUUCUCUCUCCUUCUGCUGUGGAUUGCGAUCACAGUUUGGUAGGGUUUCGUGGCCGAUGGAGGUCUCUACCUUGGUGAGAUUGGGGGUGAGAUCGGCCACCAGUGAAGCAUCCGUAGAUUCGAUCACUUUGUUCGUGGUGCUCCUAUGUUUGUGCAUUGUGAUUGGUCAUCUUCUGGAGAAGGCUCGAUGGAUGACCGAAUCAGUAACAGCGCUUCUCAUUGGUCUUUGUACUGGAAUUGUUAUUCUACUAACUACCAAAGGGAAAAGCUCACACAUCUUAGUAUUUAAUGAAGAUCUCUUCUUUAUAUAUCUUCUGCCACCUAUUAUAUUUAACGCGGGAUUUCAGGUGAAAAAGAAGCGGUUUUUCCAGAACUUCAUGACAAUCACGUCAUUGGGUGCUGUCGGCAGUUUAGUAUCAUUCGUAAUAAUAUGGCUAGGUUCAAUGCAUUUGUUUGAAAAAUUGGACGUUGGUUUCCUUGAGAUGGGGGAUUAUCUAGCACUCGGAGCAAUCUUCUCGGCUACAGAUUCAGUUUGCACCCUGCAAGUGCUUAAUCAAGAUGAGACACCUUUACUCUACAGUCUAGUUUUUGGAGAAGGUGUUGUAAAUGAUGCCACAUCUGUGGUACUUUUCAACGCAAUUCAGAAAUUUGAUCUCUCUCACAUCAACUCAACCAUUGCCUUGAAGUUUAGUGGCAAUUUCUUAUUUCUGUUGUUCACAAGCAUGGUGCUUGGUGCAGCGGUUGGAUUGCUUAGCGCAUACAUCAUAAAGAAGUUGUACCUCGGCAGGCACUCGACUGAUCGUGAAGUUGCACUUAUGAUUCUAAUGGCUUAUUUGUCAUAUAUGGCGGCAGAACUAUUCAAUCUAAGUGGUAUUCUUACCGUUUUCUUUUGCGGGCUUGUCAUGUCACACUAUACCUGGCAUAAUGUAACUGAAAGUUCAAGAGUUACAACCAAGCAUGCUUUUGCAGCGUUCUCGUUUGUUUCUGAGAUCUUCAUCUUUCUAUACGUCGGUAUGGAUGCCUUGGACAUUGAGAAGUGGAAAUUCGUAAAGGAGAGCCCUGGGACAUCAAUUGGAGUCAGUUCGAUAUUACUUGGCCUGGUUCUUGUUGGAAGAGCGGCUUUUGUAUUUCCUCUAUGUUUCUUAUCAAACUUGGCCAGGAGAUCUCAGAUCGACAAAAUCGGGUUUAAGCAACAGGUGACAGUAUGGUGGGCAGGACUCAUGCGUGGUGCUGUAUCCGUGGCUCUUGCUUAUAAUUGGUUUGCAAUGUCAACGCAUACUGAACAGCGUGGAAUUGCAAUCAUGAUCACUAGUACGAUAACCGUAGUUCUCUUCACUAAUGUGGUGUGCGGAUUAUUGACUAAGCCUCUCGUAAGGUUCUUGUUGCCGCAACAGAAACACUUAGAUAGUGUGAUGGUGUCCUCUGAGUCGGAGAUGUCUCUGGCUAUGCCACUCCUCGCUAAUGAGGAAGCUCCAAAGUCAAAUAUGUCUGGCGAUAACAUUCCCCGUCCAUCCAGCCUGCGCAUGCUCUUGACGACACCAACUCGUUCUGUCCAUUACUAUUGGAGAAUGUUUGAUGAUUGUUACAUGCGUCCUGUCUUUGGCGGUAGAGGAUUCGUUCCUUAUGCUGCCAGUUCACCGAAUGAAAAUAUGCAUCAACCGCUACUCAGUGAGCAGAAAAUUGUAGAGUUGUAACUUCAGGAUUGAUUGUUCGUUAAGUUUCUUCGGUGUAAAUAGUCAAAAUUAUAAUUUAUAGGCAGUUCUUCCUGAGCCUCAUCAGUCUAAGAAACUCGUUUGGAUGUACUUUUAAAAAUGUCUAAAAGCGUUUUUAGAGAAAAUGUUUUUGGGUUCCAAAAGCACUUUAAGUGCUUUUUGCAAGAAGCACCAGUUCCAAGAAGCAUUUUAAGUGUUUUUUCAUGAUUUACUUGCAUUUUUACUAAGAAUUGAUUCCAAAAACAUUUUCACCAAAAGCGCUUUCAGUUAUUUUAAAAGCACAUUCAAAAGAUUAUUGGUCUUGUAGUAUUGUAUAUGGAACUUAUGAAAGAGAUGGGAUCAAUUGUACUGUGCCUUGGUGUA